GCUGGCUACGCAGACCCAGCUGGAGCAUAGCACGACCAACGAUAGUGCUGAUGAGGCAUCUCAAGCAGAAGAUGCACACCGCAACGAAAACCACCCAAAACAAGCCGAUGAGCGAUGCGGAUCAAUAACGCAUCCUAGCCACCGGCAAGAAGUUACCCACACCCGAGGAUCUAAUUCCCCCACAUCUCUCGACUACAAUGAGACGAUGGUGUGGAAAGUAAUUAAUGUUAUUGGCAUUCUAAAACAAAGCGGUGACGAUGGCAAGUUUCUGCUCUCUCGAGUUAAUAAAAACAAACUCACGCGGCCACAGAAAAAAAUAUUGUCCAAGAUGAUAGUCGAUUACUUUCUAUCAAGGAAAAUCAAUAUGACGCUUCAGCAGAGCUACGCCUUGGAGAGAGAUGUGCUGCGGCUCUUUCCCGGAGAGAAAUUGGAAGACUGGCGGAGCAACGGAAAAACUCCUGGAAUAUUAUAUAAUAGUUUUCGAUACCGACGACGCGCUAGACAUGCGGCAGAGCGUCAAGAAAUGCAGAAGCAGGCGCUGCGAGCAGAAUGCGAAAAACCUUUUUGAAGAAUAUCGCCUUAUUUGACAAGUAAGAGUCGGAGAAAGAACUACAGAAGUCGUGCCAAACGGACGAGCCCCCAAACUUAAUGGAGAGACCGUCCGUGACUACGCACAGAAGAAUCAACAGACAACGUGCGAAGCCAUAAACUGUCAGUUUAUCGAAACAGUUGACAGUUGAAGCUAACAAAAAUUUGAAUAAACUCAAACAUUUAUUGCGAAAGGAAAGGCUUGCAUCGUUUCUAAAAGUUUCUGAUACCCAGCAAAGCCUUUGUAUGUUACAAAAGUAAAUGCAAACUGAGUAGCAUCGCACCACCCGCACCAUGGGUAAUCUAAACAGCAAAAGGAUGAGGUUCUUUCUGGCCUUAAAUGCCGUCAUUAUCAUUAGCUUCAUAUACGCUUCUUUCUCGACGAAAGAGAUCCUGCCCCGGAAACAUGUGCAUUCCGUUGGAUACCCUCCGAUGCGCCGUAGAAUCGAGCAUAGAAGCACCAGCAAAAGCUAUAACAGCACCAUCGGAAAUUAUAAACGCACUGAAAGAAGCAACAAACCGGAGGAGAACGAAGCUAGUUUACUGUAUAGCAAUAUUGAAGCCUCUCGAUCCAUGUCGACUUAUUCCAACCAACCGCAAAAGCUAAAAUUGCAGAAACAACUUUCUAAAUACCCUAGACAUGGGUUUGCUUUCGCACACCAGAAAUCCACCAGACCCGUGACCAUUGUAAGCUCCAUUAAUGGCAGUAGCAGCAUACAAACAUCAAGUGCUGCCCCCGCAUUACCUUUACCUACUACAGUACUUACAAUGGAAGUUUAUGAGCCCGGCCACCUGAACGAAGACAUUGAUAUGCAGAGGAUAUGUAUGCACAAAGGGGUAUUUCUGAGGUUGCUCAUUCUGAUCACCUCCGCACAAUCCCACUUUAUGGCGAGAAUGUCGAUCAGACAGACCUGGAUGCACUAUGCUAGUAGGCGGGAUGUUGGGAUGGCCUUUGUCCUUGGAAGCACAGCGAAUGUGACCCUGAACGAGUCAAUCAACCAGGAGAACAAUAUUUAUCGCGAUAUGAUACGUGGACACUUCAUAGACUCGUACUUCAAUCUCACUUUGAAGACGAUCUCGAUGCUGGAAUGGACAGAUACGCAAUGUCCCAGUGUGAAAUUCAUCCUAAAGACAGAUGACGAUAUGUUCAUAAAUGUUCCUAAGCUUCUCGACUUCGUAGACGCCCGACACGAAGACAUGCGAUCUAUCUACGGCCGACUGGCCAAAUAUUGGAGACCCGUCCGAAAUAGAAAGUCAAAGUAUUUUGUUUCACACAAAUCAUAUAGCGGCAUGCAAUAUCCCCCGUUUACCACCGGACCUGCCUACCUUCUCACUGGAGACAUAGUACAUGAGCUAUAUAUGCAAUCGCUCCACACGUAUUAUAUGCAACUGGAGGAUGUCUUCAUCACUGGCAUUGUGGCCAAGAGCUUGAAAAUUAAGAGAGUACAGGCCAAAGAUUUUCGCAACAGCCGCAUCUCUUUAGUUCCGUGCACCAUACGCAACGCGAUCAGCGUGCACAUGAUCAAGCCAAGCGAGCAGUACAAUCUUUGGAGGAGCCUAUUGGACACGACCAUCAAGUGUAAAUAAUUUUUUGUCGUAUAAGGAAUCAAUCUAUGUAAGAGAUAAGGAUUUAGCUAAUUAUUAUAGAAUAAAAACUGCAUUGUACUAUGUCUGAUGUGCAUCUUAGGUGCUAAGAAUAUUUAUGUAAAAUUAACGAAAUGUAUUUUGUUAUGUACAAAAAUGAAACAUAUUUAUUUUAUAAGUGGUUCCUUAUGAUCGACUAAACUCGAAAGUAAAGCUGAGGUACGAGUACAACCAAUUUAAAACAUGUUGAAAAAACUGAAACAAAAAAAUUGAUUGGCUAUUCAACAUUUGAAAAUUGAUAUACCCGUACUCCAGGGUAAAGGAGUAUAUUGGAUUUGUGGUCAAAGUGGAUGCGUUUCCGACCCAUCAAGUAUAUUUAUUCUUGAUCAGCAUCAAAUCCGAGUCUCUGUCUGUCUGUCCGUCCCGAUGAGCACCUAGUUCUCAGAGGUAUAAAAGUAGAGUCGCGGCCACAGCAGCGACUCACAACGUUCCUUCUCAUUUAAUGCUGUAAUUAACUAGUCGCUUAAAGUGCACCGAAUUUUCUCUACUGACUUCUCUGAUAUUACAAUGCAACAAGUGUAUUUAAAAUUUACUUUAUAAUUACUCGAUUGGACCAUGCCACCUGAGAGGCACGUAUGCCUUGACUAAAACGUUCGGACUGGUUAAUACCUGUAUAUUGAAAAUUCGAAUCUUUUUGGUGCAAUACAAAAUCGUAGGUAUCUUCGGGGUGCUUAUCUAAAUUUCUGUUGAACUAAAUUUUAUCUUUCAUUGCCGGAACACUCUGAGAACGCCAAAACACAAAAUAAAGUUUUUAUGUUCAGUACGUUUAUGUCUGAGCCCGCACUCAAAGGAUGCGGUUCUUUAUGUUUUUAGGUUCUGUCAUUAUAAUUACCUACAUCUACGCCUCUCUCUCGGCGAAGGAAAGGAAACCCCUCCAUUCCGUUGGAGGGUUUACGAUGCGCCAUGAUAUCGAGGAAAAUGUUACAAGGCAAGUCAACGGCAGCAACAAUCAUGGGAAAACCAUUGAAAAUUAUCAGCACACCG